AUGGGUGACCCAACUCAAGCCAGCGCUUUGCCAGCAACCAUCUUGCAAGAUGUCACCGAAGAAAAGUCACCAAAGCAAAUCAAGGUCGAGCGUCCCAGACAACUUAGCAUGUUCGUCAACAAGCUCAACCCCGACGUACAUGAGGAGAUCUUCAAGAAACACUUCUUCAAGCCAAAGAUCAUCGUCGAAUUCAAGGAAUGGGCUAGGGUCGUCAAGUGGUGCUCUGAACGUUACCCGUACCGAUUCGAAGGCACGGAGGCGUACCAGGCCGUCAUCUUGCAAUGGAUCAAGGUACCUCGAUGGCAGCAGAAGAAAAGCUCUAUCAAGAUAGUUGUCCGACGCGUCGUAGAGAAAGCCCGAUUUGAAGCCAUUAUCGCUGCCGAUCUUGAAGGCAAUGUCGCUAUCGAUCCUUAUAGAAGCAAGCGGAGAAAGAUGAUACUUCAGGAACCCCCAGCAGCAGAUCUGGACAUGAGUGAGUUCAUCGACGAGGCUAAGAGAGAGGAGCAGAACAGGCGGUUUUGGGCAGAAUCAGAUUCAGAUUAA